CCCUUUGCGGCCCCAAAUUCCAAGGAAAUCCAACCCUUCCCUUCCCUUUCCCGCUUCUCCUCCCGGAGUCGCCUUUUCCCGAAACUCCUCCAUCCCUUGGGAGUGAGGAGGGAGGAUUUGGGGGAUCCUGAGGCUUUCGGGGUUGGGUUUGGGCUGCAAUUGGAGCUUUUCUGUCCCUCCAGGUUCAACCCGGGGAGCCCCAAAAACCUGGAGGGAGCUCGGCAGGGCUGGAGCCCCGAACCCCAAAACCCGGAGAGUCGGAGCCCUGAACCCCAAAACUCAGAGAGCCAGAGCCCUAAGAUCUGGAGAGCUGGAGCCCCAAACCCCAAAACCCGGAGAGUCGGAGCCCUGAACCCCAAAACCUGGAGAGUCGGAGCCCCGAACCCCAAAACUCGGAGAGCCAGAGCCCUGAACCCCAAAACCCGGAGAGUCGGAGCCCUGAACCCCAAAACCCGGAGAGUCGGAGACCUGAACCCCAAAACUCGGAGAGCCAGAGCCCUAAGACCUGGAGAGCUGGAGCCCCGAACCCCAAAACCCGGAGAGCCAGAGACCAGAACCCCAAAACCUGGAGAGUCGGAGCCCCAAAACCUGGGAACCCCAGAACCCAGAGAGGCAGAGCCUGAAGCCCCAAAACCCAGAGAGCUGGGGCCACAAUCCCAAAAGCCAGAGAGCCGGAGCCUGGAAUCCCAUAAAGCCGGAACACUAAAACCUGGGAACCCCAAAACCCAGAGAGCUGGGGCCAGACCCCAAAAGCCAGAGAGCUGGAGCCCUGAACCCCAAAACCUAGAGACGCAGAGAGCUGGGGCCGGAACCCCAAAACCCAGAGAGCUGGGGCCAGAACCCCAACACCCAGAGAGCCAGAGCCGGAACCCCAAAACCCUGACAGCUGGGGCCAGAACCCCAAAACCUGGAGAGCCGGAGCCCUAAAACCUGGGAACCCCAAAAGCCAGAGAGCCAGAGCCUGGAAUCCCAUAAAACCGGAACCCUGAAACCUGGGAACUGAGAAACCCGGAGAGCCAGAGCCUGGAAUCCCAGAAAGCCAGAACCCAGAAACCUGGGAAUCCUGAAACCUGGGAAUCCUGAAACCUAGGAAUUCUGAAACCUGGGAAUCCUGAAACCUGGGAACUUUGAAUCCUGGGAACUCUGAAUCCUAGGAACCCUGAAACCCGGGAACCCUGAAACCUGGGAAUCCUGAAACCCGGGAACCCUGAAACCCAGGAAUUCUGAAACCCGGGAAUUCUGAAACCUGGGAACUCUGAAUCCUAGGAACCCUGAAACCUGGGAACUGAGAAACCUGGAGAGCCAGAGCCUGGAGUCCCAGAAAACCAGAACCCAGAAACCUAGGAAUCCUGAAACCUGGGAACCCUGAAACCUGGGAACUCUGAAACCUGGGAAUCCUGAAACCCAGGAACUCUGAAACCUGGGAACUCUGAAAGCUGGGAACCUGAAACCUGGGAAUCCUGAAACCCGGCAACCCUGAAACCUGGGAACGCUGAAACCUGGAGAGCCAGAGCCUGGAAUCCUGGAGAUCCAAAGCCCUGAAACCUGGGAACUCUGAAUCCUGGGAACUCUGAAUCCUGGGAACUCUGAAUCCUAGGAACCCUGAAACCCGGGAAUUCUGAAACCUGGGAACCCUGAAACCUGGGAACUCUGAAUCCUAGGAACCCUGAAACCUGGGAACCCUGAAACCUGGGAACUGAGAAACCCGGAGAGCCGGAGCCUGGAAUCCCAGAAAGCCAGAACCCAGAAACCUGGGAAUCCUGAAACCUGGGAACCCUGAAACCUGGGAAUCCUGAAACCUGGGAACUCUGAAUCCUGGGAACUCUGAAUCCUAGGAACCCUGAAACCCGGGAAUUCUGAAACCUGGGAACUCUGAAUCCUAGGAAUCCUGAAACCUGGGAACUGAGAAACCUGGAGAGCCAGAGCCUGGAAUCCCAGAAAGCCAGAACCCAGAAACCUGGGAAUCCUGAAACCUGGGAACCCUGAAACCUGGGAACCCUGAAACCUGGGAACUCUGAAACCUGGGAAUUCUGAAACCCGGGAACUCUGAAACCCCGAGAGCCGGAGCCCCAAAACCCGGGAGCCCCAAAAGCCGGAGCUUGGAGCCCGUCCCGGAGCGCGGGAGCCCCUCCGGCCCCGUGUCCUGCAGGAGGGUCCCUCCCCCCGGAGCAAAC